UGAUGAUCUGUGUAGCCCCAGCAGUGCCACCUGUCAGUGUUCAUCAGUGUCAGCUGUCAGUGCCCAUCAAUGCCACCUGCCAGUGCCCAUCAGUGCCAAAUCAAUGCCACAUAUCAGUGCCUACCAGUGCACAUUAAUGCCACAUAUCAUUGCCCAUCUGAGCUGCCUUUCAGUGUUACCUAUCAGUGCCAGUCAGUGCUACCUAUCAGUGCCGCCAAUCAGUGCCGCCUAUCAGUGCCAGUCAGUGCCGCCUAUCAGUGCACAUCAGUGCCGCCUAUUAGUGCCCGUCAGUGCUGCCUAUCAGUGGCGCCUAACAGUGCCAUUCAGUGCCACCUAACAGUGCCAUCAGUGCUACCUAUCAGUGCCACAUAUCAGUGCUGCCUAUCAGUGCCAUAUAUGAGUGCUGGCUUUCAGUGCUGCCUGUCAAUGCCCAUCAGUUCCACCUACCAGUGCCUCCUCAUCAGU